AUAAUACGAAAGCAACAACGAAGCAACGAACGAUGCAGAAAUAUAUAUUAAUCCUCGCAUUCAUCACCAUCGCGGCCUGCCAUGAGAGCAGGAGGCACAGGGUUGAGGACCCCUUCACAGCGCUGGACAAACAGCUCUCACACACACUCGCAUACCAUUACCUGUGGCCUUGGAGUCAACUCAUCAGGGCGGCAGCAGCUUUAGAUGUUGAAGACGCUUUCAAGGAACCACAGAUCAUAUCAGACAACGAGAAGUUCCAAGUCAACCUAAACGUGAAGAGAUUCAAACCAGAAGACUUGAGGAUAAAGGUGAAGAACCGCUACAUCAUCGUUGAAGGAAAGCACAAGGAAAAGGAUGACAUCCACAAGUUUAUGGCGAACCACUUUGUACAGCGGUUUGUGCUACCUCCCGGCAGCAAGCAGGAGGAAGUCGUCGCUGUGCUCAACGAAAAUGGUGUUCUGACUGUGACUGUGCCCAAACACGAGCUGCCUCCCCCACCGCCCGAGAGAGAAGUGCCCAUCGACGUUAGGCUACCUAAAUUAGAUGAGACUAAGACGGAAAAACCCGCCGCUGAAGAGAAAGUUGAAGCAACAACACAAAAGAAAGAAGCGCCAGUCCAGCCAUCAUCUGAGACGCCUCUGGAACAGUUAGACCUAGUCGAAGCGACCACACACGUCGGUAAAAUAAGAAAGAAGGAAUUGAAAACCACAACAAAGAAGGCCCAAGACAACGAAGUACUGGAAGGGUCUGACGAUUGGAACGUAUAUUUAGAUUAAGAUUGAGUGGAUGCAGACUGUACAAAAUGGACUAAGACUGACCAAGCUUUAACGCGACAAGCCGUCGUUAAAAGCGUGUUACAACUUUUCGAACGUGUUUGAGGGCGAAUUAUUUAUUUUGUAAUUUUUGUUGUGGGACCGAUGAUGUAUCGUUCGAAAGGUCACUCAGGAGCUGUUGUUAAUAUUAUUAAGUUUAACUGUAUUUGUUCGGAAUAUUUGUCUUACAAAUAAACCGUGUUAUUUAUUA